UAAAAGACGGAGUCACAACUAAAAAAACAUGAAAGUCGCCACUGUGGCCUUCUACGGGUUUGCUGUGGGGCUUCUGGCGGUUGGCCUGCGAGAGUUGCUGAGUGGCUUCGAGGAGAACAGAUGCAGCAUGACCUACAUGUUUGAAUACCCGGAGUACCGGCGCGUGGCUCUGCCUCGCCGUGUGGCCAGACUGUACCCAGCCUACGGGCUCUACCUGUACGGAGAGGGUGCAUACGCCCAGGAGACCCGGGCCCUCAAACUCACCGGUGCCCCUGUGCUCUUCCUGCCUGGAAAUGCAGGCAGCUACAAACAAGCUCGCUCCGUGGGCUCCGUGGCUCUGAGGAAGGCUGAGAACAUGGAGGGAGGGCUCCACUUCAACGUCUUCACAGUGGACUUCAACGAGGAGCUGGUGGCUCUUUAUGGUGGCAGUUUGCUCCGGCAGACACACUUCCUGCACGAGAGCAUCAAGGCUAUCCUGAGGCUGUACAAGCACCUAAAGACUCCCCCUCAGAGUGUGGUGCUGGUGGGUCACUCCAUGGGAGGAGUGGUGGCCCGGGCACUCUUCACUUUACCCCGCUUCAACACUAAUCUGGUCAGCCUCAUCAUCACCCAGGCCUCCCCCCACCUCGCUCCAGUGCUGGCCCUGGACCCGUACCUGCUGGAUUUCUACUCUGCAGUGAGACAGAAGUGGGUGAGCCAGGCGAAAAAGCUCAGGAAUGUCACAGUUCUGUCUGUCGGAGGUGGAUACCGUGAUUACCAGGUCCGCUCUGGCCUGACAUCCCUACCGUGUCCCCCAGGAGACCCUAAUAAGUUGUCACUGGUGGCAACUGCAGUUCCCAGGACAUGGGUGUCCACUGACCAUCUGUCCAUUGUUUGGUGCAAAGAGCUCGUUCUUGCUACUGUCAGGGCGUUCUUUGACCUCAUCGAGCCUGAAACCAGACAGUUCACAGUAAACCCAGAGAAGAAAAUGGCUGUACUAAACCAUCACUUCAUCAGACACCCCGUCAGGAUGCUGGAAGACACUCAAGACACUUCCAUCUCCAUCUCAGAUUUUCCUGAAGCAUGGAGUGAAGUGAACACACUGCGUCUGGCUUACAGCACACCCAAGGAAGGACAGGUGAAAUACUUUCUGUUCGCCCUGUCGAGUCGCAGGAAAGCCUACAGCCAUUUCUACUGCCGGAGCAACAACAUGGAGAUGACCAGCUGGGUGUACGGCUGUAUGAAGAACAGCUCUUCAUGUGUGCAUGCAGAGGAUCUGUCGAUGGGAACUGAGCUUCUUCCUCCAUACAAGGUCCUGAUUCUGAGCCUCAGUGACCUGUCUGCAGUUACUCAUCUGGUUGUUUCGGCCUCCAACCUCAACGGCAGACAGUUCACGGUGGAGUGCGAGUGGCAGAGACAGGAGUCUCAGACAGUGUCUGUCCCAGCACCACAUGUCCUGUCCUUCGGUUUGACUGUCAGUGAUGUUUCUGUAAACUCCUCUGGACUCCUUCACACCGUCCAGCUGCAACACUUUCACCAGGUCUAUCAGGCUUUCAGAAUCAAUGUCGCAAGUCAGUGUAAAGUACAUAAAGACAGACUCCCCAACGUAUACAGGAUACAUGUGCCGUGGUUUGGAGAGGAUUCUUUAACCACAGUCAGUGUGCCGUCAGUGACAGAGAUCUCAGGGAUGCUCCACACAAGUCGCCCAGACAACAGCUCAGGUGUCCUCCUACAGCUCCACACUGCCCCUAACUGCCAGUAUAAGGUGUCAGUAAGGACUUCAUUACCCAGGGUGCUAGGACAGAUACUGAGGUUCUGUGGCCCCAUGGUGCCUGUGUACACGGCUGUAACCCUCCUCCUGGCCUGUGGGGGGCAGCUGUCCUCCAUCCUGAAGUUGAGGCGAGCUGCAGACAUGAGCCAGGUGGUGGCCAAAGGCCUGCAGCCUCACAAAGUCAAUCUGCCCCUUUAUAUUCUGCACACUUUACUCAGCUGUAGCUGGUUUCAAGAGCUCUGGUCAGCUCUUUACCUCCCUCCUAUGGAUUCCCUCCCCCCAACCACCCCUGAUGCAACGUUUCAUGAGGUUGUGGUACCAGCUGAAGAAUGGCCCCACCUCCUGUCUCCUCUGCUUUACAUCUUGGGGGCAGCAGUGGCGUACUGGGGCAGCACACUGCUCCGUCUCAUUAUGCGACUGAUCUCACUAAUAUUAGCUCCCCUACACAGACCGUCUGUCUCUAGAGACUGUGGCACCCUGACACUGCAAACGCAGCUCCUCAUCACUCUGAGUCUGACUCUUCUGGGUGGCUUGUCCUGUGGGGCAGUGUCAAUCUUUGCUGCCUUUUUGCUCCACCUUUACAGGGUACUGAGGCUGCAGAUGACAGAAAGAUCUUUGAGUCAUAUGUUGAAUCUGGCCCCACAGCAGCACAAAGAAGCCGAGAACGGCACAGUGGAUCCUGAACCCCUCAGCAGGUCUAAAGAAUGUAACGGCGCCCCCCUGCUGUCUGAGUGUGUGCUGCAGGAGGUGAGGGAUGACUUGGAGCUCCACCUCUGCCUGUCGGCGCUCUUCACACUCCCCGUCAUGCUCAUCGCUCCCUCACUGAUCCACUGGAUCCGCAACCUGAGGUAUUCCGCCCAGCUGGAUCCGGACCCUUGUUGGCCGCUCAUUGUGCCUCUAAUUAUUGUGUACAUGCUGCUUAUUAACUGCAACACUUUAAAACUCAGCAACAGUAAACUCCUGCCUCUGACAUCCUGCCUCCCUCUCCCCUUGUCCAUCGCCAUGGUGACCUUCUCUCCACUCCACCUCUACAGAGUCACCUACUUCCUGCUGGCGGUGCUCGUCCCUCUGGCCUCGUGUUGCCUGCUCUGACGGUAUCUGUCUGGUUUCUACCAUAACAAGCCUUUCUCCAGAUUUCAGCCUGACUCGGUGAAGCUGCUCGGUCGCUCCGAUCUGGAAGACGUCCUCCGUUCGGCUGCCGUGGAGCAGAGCCAUAGACAUACAUAGCUUGGGGAACUGUCUGCUCAAUGUUGGCACUAAAGGCUCCAUGGCGAUUACACUAUGUUUUAAGAUGAGAGGAUGUAAUGGCCUUGGAACAUUUGGUGUGAAUAUGGCUCUGAAGGAUUGACCUGAAACCAAGUUUGCCUUACUCUGUAUAUCUAUAGCUCUGCCUUCAAGGAGCAACAACUCCACAACCAGUGAAGCUACUGAUACUAGAGAUUCUUAACAGGGUGUUAUUAUUAUUUAGUUGUUUUCUAGUGUCGACAGUGGCAUUGUUCACUGUGGUCACUGCGCUGUAAACUCCUUCACUGCCUACUGCUUAGCAAAGACUUCCAGCUGUGUGUUAUCUUUACUUACUGACUGUCAGAUACAGUGGCAGUGUCACACAUACGUUCCAUAAGGAAAAAUCCAAAGUAAUCAUGUUUACAUUCUCCCAUAUUCACCUUUUGAUACACGACAAUGACUAAAUGAAGGUUUGCACUGGAAAAAAGGCUUUGGUGCAUCUGCAGGUUCUGCAGUUUUUCACAUGAAGAAAAUUCUGAUCUAAUCCAUGUUCUAUAAAAAAAAAAAAACAGCGAUGUAGCCAAACACAUUUUAUAGGUGUGAGCAGUCUGCCAGCUGUUUUUAUUCCUCUGCGUGGAGCUUCACCUUCAUUUUUUCAUUCACUCACUUAGACAACAGUGACUGUUAAUGAGCAGCUUACCUAGAAUAAGCACCGAAGAGUCUUCUGGACAGAAAUAAUAGUGAUUUAUUUUCCUGCUUGAAAUACAUUUUUCCCAGAACCUUGUGUUUCCACCUAAAAAAAAAUCUAAACUAGUCCAACUUAACACUCCAUAUUUACCCCCUGGGAUAAUGUGCAUUUGCAACUUCCUGCUUUCAAAUUAAAGGUAUCACGGUCGAUAGGACCAGACCUGGUGGUGCAAAAAUGAGAGUAGAGUAA